AUGGCGGAAUACCUGUCACUCAAGGUCCCGGAGCUCAAGAAGCUCCUGGCCGAGAAGAAGCUCCCAUUGACCGGCAACAAGGCGGAUCUCGUUGCUCGCCUGCAGGAGCAUGACAAGAAGAACGCUCGUGCCGCAGAUGAUUCCAAGCCAAAGAUGACUCCCGCUGCCGGCAAGGCCGAGACCAAGGAGGACGAAAUUGACUAUUCCGACGACGAAGAUGUCGCCCCUGCCGCUGCUGCGUCCAAGGCCGCCGGCGGCGGUGCCGCUGCGUCGGCGCCUGAAUCUGCGUCGGCGCCCGAUGCCGCCCCUGCUGCACCUGCUUCGGCCACCAGUGCCGCCGCCAUCGAGUCGGUCGCGCCGACCAAGGACGCUGAGGGCGAGAAAGCCCCGGAGACGGCCGCUGCGUCCUUCACCAUCGGCCUUUCCGCCACGGCAGCAGACGAGGAAGCGAAGAAGCGGGCGGAGCGGGCCAAGCGCUUCGGCCUCGAGGGUGACGAAGAGGCCAAGAAGAAGGCGGAGCGGGCCAAGCGCUUUGGCAUCGACGAGAAGGAGCUGGCCACGGGUCUCGACUCUGCCCUCCCCGAGCGACCUCUCAAGCGCGGCCGCGGUCGCGACGGCGGCGACGACGCCAAUCGUGGUGCGAAACGGCAAAGCCUCGACCGCCACGGCCGUCGCCAAGGCGGCAACCGACCGGAGCAGGACCGCCGCAACGGAUCCGAGAGAAAGAAGGCCCCCGGCGUCCUGGACGAUCCCAUCGAGCGAGAAAAGGCAGCGAAGCGUGCGGCCAGGUUUGCCGCCACCUAG